CCGGGGGCCAUGAGCUCUGCCAGGCGAGCCCCGGCGGGCCCUGGCAGUCCUCCUCGCCUUUCCCCGCCCGCCCCCGGCGCCGGGCGGUGCCUCCCCGGGCCGAACCGGGCAGGGGGGGCUCGCCCCCACACACCUGCCGGGGCGGGGCGGCCGCAGGGGCGCGGCGCAUGCGCGGAGGCGCCGUGACCCGGCUGGGGAAGCGCGGCGGUGCCAUUUUGGCGGCGGCACCGCGGCCCGAGCGGGGACCACGUGAGCGCGCCCGGGGCUAGCGCGGCGGGCCCGGCGCUGCACGGCCGGGACGGGCCGGCGAGGGCCGCGAGGGGCCGCGCUCGCGGCCGCGCCCGGGGGGCGGCCAGGCCAGCGGAGGUGAGGCGGCGGUAGCGGCCGCCGCACUCCGGCGGGGAGGCUCCCGGCAGCGGCGGCCGAGCGGCGAGCGGGGACGGGACGCGGGCCCGCCCGCCCACCCGCCUCCCAGGAGCGCCUCGGCGGAGGCGGGAGCGGCGGGGAGGAUGCCGUCCGUCAGCCUGCCGCCCAAGGAGAACGCGCUCUUCAAGCGCAUCCUGAGGUGUUAUGAACAUAAGCAGUAUAGAAAUGGGCUGAAGUUCUGUAAACAGAUCCUUUCCAACCCAAAGUUUGCAGAACAUGGAGAAACCUUGGCAAUGAAAGGACUAACAUUAAACUGUCUAGGGAAGAAAGAGGAAGCUUAUGAACUUGUGCGUAGAGGCCUAAGGAAUGACUUGAAGAGUCAUGUCUGUUGGCAUGUCUAUGGCCUUCUUCAGAGGUCAGACAAGAAGUAUGAUGAAGCUAUCAAAUGCUAUAGAAAUGCACUGAAAUGGGACAAAGACAAUCUUCAAAUCUUGAGAGAUCUUUCUCUGCUACAGAUUCAAAUGAGGGAUCUUGAAGGUUACAGGGAAACGAGAUACCAGUUGCUCCAGCUCCGACCUGCACAGCGAGCAUCAUGGAUUGGUUAUGCCAUCGCUUACCAUCUGCUGGAAGACUAUGAAAUGGCAGCAAAAAUUUUAGAGGAAUUCAGGAAGACACAGCAGACAUCACCUGAUAAAGUGGACUAUGAGUACAGUGAGCUGCUGCUCUAUCAAAAUCAAGUCCUCCGGGAGGCAGGACUAUAUAAAGAAGCCUUGGAGCAUCUUUGUACCUAUGAAAAGCAGAUUUGUGAUAAACUGGCUGUCGAGGAAACUAAAGGAGAACUCCUGCUUCAGCUUGGCAGACUUGAAGAAGCAGUUGAAGUCUACAAAGGACUGCAAGAAAGAAAUCCUGAAAACUGGGCUUACUACAAAGGCCUAGAAAAGGCACUUAAGCCAGCUAAUAUGAUGGAGAGGCUAAAGAUCUAUGAAGAGGCCUGGACUAAAUACCCAAGGGGACUAGUUCCAAGAAGAUUACCGUUAAACUUUUUGUCUGGUGAAAAGUUUAAGGAAUGUCUGGACAAGUUUCUAAGGAUGAAUUUCAGCAAAGGUUGCCCGCCAGUCUUCAAUACUUUGAGGUCAUUAUAUAAAGACAAGGAGAAGGUGGCAAUCAUAGAAGAGCUCGUGAUAGGUUAUGAAACCUCUCUAAGAAGCUGCAGGUUAUUUAACCCAAAUGAUGAUGGCAAAGAAGAACCUCCAACCACUUUACUCUGGGUCCAGUAUUAUUUGGCUCAACAUUAUGAUAAAAUUGGACAGCCGUCCCUGGCUCUAGAAUAUAUAAAUGCUGCUAUAGAAAGUACUCCCACUUUGAUAGAACUCUUCCUUGUGAAGGCAAAAAUCUAUAAGCAUGCUGGAAAUAUUAAAGAAGCUGCAAGGUGGAUGGAUGAGGCUCAGGCUUUGGACACAGCAGACAGAUUUAUCAACUCCAAAUGUGCAAAAUACAUGUUGAAAGCAAACUCCAUUAAAGAAGCAGAAGAAAUGUGUUCUAAGUUUACACGGGAAGGAACCUCGGCAGUGGAGAACUUGAAUGAAAUGCAGUGCAUGUGGUUUCAGACAGAGUGUGCACAAGCCUACAAGGCGAUGAACAAAUUCGGAGAAGCACUUAAAAAAUGCCAUGAAAUUGAGAGACAUUUUGUAGAAAUCACGGACGACCAGUUUGACUUCCACACUUACUGUAUGAGGAAGAUCACCCUUAGGUCUUAUGUGGACUUGUUAAAACUAGAAGAUGUGCUUCGACAGCAUCCGUUCUACUUCAAAGCAGCACGAAUUGCCAUAGAGAUAUAUUUGAAACUUCAUGAUAAUCCCUUAACAGAUGAAAAUAAAGAACACGAGGCUGAUACAGCGAAUAUGUCUGACAAGGAGCUAAAGAAGCUACGAAAUAAGCAGAGAAGAGCACAGAAGAAAGCCCAGCUGGAGGAGGAAAAGAAGAAUGCUGAGAAGGAGAAGCAACAGAGGAAUCAGAAAAAGAAGAAAGAUGAUGAUGAUGAAGAAAUUGGAGGACCUAAAGAAGAACUUAUCCCUGAGAAACUGGCAAAGGUUGAAGCACCUUUGGAAGAAGCCAUUAAAUUUUUAACACCCCUGAAGAAUUUAGUGAAGAACAAAAUAGAGACGCAUCUUUUUGCCUUCGAGAUUUAUUUUCGAAAAGAGAAGUUCCUUCUGAUGCUUCAGUCUGUGAAGAGAGCCUUUGCUAUUGAUUCUAGUCAUCCUUGGCUUCACGAGUGUAUGAUUCAUCUCUUCAGCAGUGUAUCUGAAAGUAAGGAUCUGCCUGAUGCUGUUAGAACAGUGUUAAACCAAGAAAUGAAUCGGCUUUUUGGAGCAACUAAUCCAAAGAACUUCAAUGAAGCUUUUCUUAAAAAGAACUAUGACUCACUGCCACAUAGGUUAUCAGCUGCCAAAAUGAUGUACUAUUUAGAUCCUUCCAGUCAGAAAAGGGCAGUGGAGCUGGCAAUGACCCUGGAUGAAUCCCUUAUUAACAGAAAUCUUCAGACUUGUAUGGAGGUAUUAGAAGCUUUAUGUGACGGUAGCCUUGGAGACUGUAAAGAAGCAUCUGACACUUACAGAGCAAAUUGUCAUAAGCUUUUCCCUUAUGCUUUGGCUUUCAUGCCCCCUGGAUAUGAAGAGGAUAUGAAGAUCACAGUUAAUGGAGACAGCUCUGCAGAACCUGAAGAACUGGCCAAUGAAAUAUGAACAACUUUAUUGGAAAAAAAUGACGUUGGACCAUAUCUGGUGUAUAAUAUUUUUGUCACGCACCUGCUGAAUUGUUCUAACUUACACAAAAGAACAGAAGGAAAAAAAAAACCAACCUGGUUGCCUUCAAAUAGUUUUACUUUUUUUUUUUAUCCUGCUGACAAAUAUAUAUAUAAAAUAUCUAACAUAUUACUGGUUAUAGGUUGUUCGGUUUCUUAAAAAUUAAAAGCUGCUAAAAUUGAAAAAGGAAAAAAAAAAACAACAACCCUUCUCCCUACCUACCUACCCACCCAUGUUUUUAAACUAAUUUAUAUGAGACCUGAAGGGGUAUGUGUCCCUCAGAGCAGGUGUGUGGCAGAAAUAUUAACUUUAAAUUUGUCUUGUGAGAUUACUGUUAUCUCAGACAGCAAAACUGCUGUUUUAGCACUGGAUUCUUUCACUGAGCACAAAGAGUUGAUGGGGCUUUAGCAUCUGACUGAUUUUGAUACGGGGGAUGAUUGUGUCCAUAGGAAGUAUGCAAUGCGAAUCAGAAUAUACAGAGAAACCUGCAACAUACGUGCUAUGUUGGGGGUGCUUGGACAUACAGGAUAUCAAGCAGAAUUAAGAAACAUAGUGUGUUCAAUAAGCUUGUUGUGUCUCUGAAAUUCACUGUACACGAUCAGUUUAUUGUUCUUGCACCACAGUUUUUAACUGAAGGAACCAGUUAAAACGGUCUCUCCUGGGAUUAAACUUGGCGGGGGGGAGGGAGGUGGGGAGGGGAGAAUCAGCGUUGCUGUUCUUGAGGUGAACUUAUCAGCGUGGGUUGGCCAAACUUUUUAAAACUGUAAUGCAAGAACCAAAUAAAAAUUAUGCACUGUGAUGUGGCACCAACUAAUUAGAAAGAUCGCAUGCAUUUUUCACGUAGAGUGAAAACAAAAUGAGAACAUACUAUGGCUUGAAGUUGCAAAGAGGAAAACUCCUGACUACCAUUUUGACUGAUCAAGAGACUAAUAGAUUAAAACCUCAGCAGGCCUUGUUCAUGUUAUGCAGAAAAAAAAAAAAAUAAAAAAGUGCUGCAGUUUAGAUACCUCUGGAACUUUUCCACAGUGUCACAGGUUUGUAAUACUUGAAGCCCUACAUUUCUUAAGAAUAUAUUUCUUGCUCAGUUGUUUCAGGCAAGCCCAAGACUUUGUAACUUUUAAGGGGCCCAAAAUUUUUUUUCAAUAACAGACCAGCUUCUUAUUCCUGCAGUUACAAAUGUAAUUUCCUUUGUCAAACAUAAGGUACCAAAUAUAAUGCAAUAAAACGUUUUGAAAAACAAUUGUGUGAAUAUUUAAACCAAUCUAUGUUGUACUUUGAAAAUGAAUGGGUUUGCUAGAGUGCAGCUCAGGGUUGGCUUACUGUGCUGUCCAGUCAUGCUAACAAUGUCACUCCUGAUGGGUGAUCAUCAAGUAUAAAAUGCAAAUGCAUUAUAUGUAAAUACUGAAUGUCUGGGAAGUCCUAUAACACAGAAUGCUUUGUUACUUGGCUUUUAAGUUCCACCAGUGUUAGGUUGAAUUUUGUUUUCCAAGUCAAGCUUCAAUCUACAAGUCUACUGUGUUAAUAAUAUAGAUAAGUGCUCAAAUGUUUUCUUUUGUAGGUUCAUCAUAUAAAACAGAGCAGAAAUAAACUACAGCUUACAAAGUGAGUGCCUUCUUUGCUGCAGAAGUUGAGUUACAGAGUAUCUGUCAUGUGGAUACACAGCCUUCCUCUUCCACAUCAUGGGAUUCAGCGAUAUUGACAUGUACAGUUAAGAAAUCCUGGAAGACUUAUUGGGAUUUGUAGUUUUUUAACUGUCAGAAGAACAGAUUUUUGUUGUAUAUUCAGCUCCACUUUCUUUUCAUGGUUAGACUAUCCUUGUGUAUGUUUGCAGUGUAGUUUCUGUCGGAAAUGUAAGUUGUGUUGCUGUAUUUGUAUAUUUAACCUGCUGGGCUUUUAGGGACUAGAAUACCUACAGAGCCUUUACUUGAGUCUGGUAUGUAUGUCUUAAUCUCAGUCAUUUCUGCAGCCUGAGAUACUUGGACUGCAUGUCUUCUGCAACUACUGAAGAUGGUUCAGUCUUGCCUACACAAGCUACAAGCUUUUGGCCUUGCCUCUGAGUAUUGCUGCCGUUUCCUUGGCUUCUGAUGCUUAGCUGGAGGCAGAUGAGUGUUCACUCUUAACAGAUUGUGAAUUGCAUCAAGCAAAUUCUGUUUUUUCCAAAUACUGUUUUUUGGGUGCUGCCUAUAAAUGGGAUUAUUUCUUUUACUUUUUCACUGCCUGUUUUUGCGUUGAAAUGGAUGAACUAGAAUCAAGAAGUUACUUGUUAUCUGUCAUUAUGCAAAUGUGGGAAAGGAUAUUUCAGUGGGCCUUCCAAAAGCCUCCAUCUACCCAUCUGUCGUGAUUUUCCCCAAGGAUACUACUUCAUAACCUUGCUUGAAGCCAUCUAUUAGUGCUUCAGAGAUGAUGCUUUUGGAUUAAAGAGGUUCCUCAUCCCCUUCCAGAAGACUGCAAUCCCAGGAAAGGAAACUAAGCCAAGAGUUCACCUAAAGACGAAGGUUCUUUAAUUGGCAAAGGAAUUGUUAUUCCUUCAUCUUCAUCUCUCUCCUGUUAGAUGCAAGGCUAGCUUCUGAGGAAGAGUUUUAAGAGCUGGAAAUGAAGUUACAAUCCAAUGCAAUGAGUCUUGUGAAGUGGUAGCACAGAGUGUUGUGCUGCAGUGAAAGCUUUCCUUUGCGUGCUGAGAUCCAAAAUUGUAAUUAUUGAUGCUUGGCUGACAACACAGGUGAGCAGGGAUUGCAUUCAUGGUCAGUGUUGGCUUACUCAUGAGUCAUGAUUUGUUUUGAUGCAUGAAUUUUGCUGGAGAAAGAUGCUUUCACCAUCAGUGGAGCCACUGGUGAUGACAUGCUGUGGAUAUCUCCCGGGGGAGGGGGGGAGGAAUUCAAACAACAGAGUUUCCCUAGAUGAGAGACUGUAGAUGGUGCAAAUGUAUGUUGCAUGAAGCAAUGCCAGAGUCAGAAGUGGGCCUAAAUUGUAAAUAGCUGAGAGUGGUCAUUCGCCCCGUGAUGGUGCGUGAGGUACUCGCCUCCUCCGUGUGGAGAACAGAGCAUACAGGCAUGCAUGUGAACAAACAGGUAAAAUUGUCUCAAAGUUAUCUAUUCAGCAGCUCAUUCCUUUGCAUCCUAAAUGCCUUAAAAGCUUCUGUAUUCUUCUGCAUUUAUGGGGGUUUCUUUCAGUAGAGGUAUUGGUACUUCCGUGGUCAUAGGGGAGGAGUCACGUCCUGAUGUCUGCUGUGUCAGGAAGGAAGUUUGCCACUCAGUUUUUCCCCUGGCAUGGGGAAAAAAUUCCACGUUUCCCAGGGGGCUCUCUAGGGCUUGAUGAAGUGUGUAUAAUUACCCUGUUAAAUCUUCCUUUAACGUAUGGGUUUGCCAGGUGUGGAGGAGCUACAGCUGUAACAGUAGAUCCUGGAAGCUGGUGCAGCACCUUCCUUCAGCCAGAUUGAAUUGUCAGUGUCUUCCUAGAAGAAAACACGGGUGAGGUUAGGGUGAGAUCAGGCCUGAGAAGCCAGAGGCGCAAAUACAAUUUCAGCAUCACGUGAGCAAGUUCAAAUAAGAACACUGAAGAUUUUUGUUUAACGUGAUGCCUUUGAGGGUUGGAGCAGCGGUGCCAUCGUUCCUGCAGUGCUCGCAUUGUGUCGCCACAGUUGUGCUUUGAACAUGUGCCACUCAUGCCAACAAAACCACUGGAUAUCACAAUCCAGCUCAAUACACCUAAAUUAAAAUCUUAUUUUUCCCUUUUUCUGAUUGCUUUGACUGUUAGUUUCUAAGUGUUCUGUACGGGGUAACUAGCUGGCUUUGAAAUCUUUUUCCCUAAGGAAUUUUGCUUUAAAAAUGCCGUUUGGACCUACGUGGUAAUUUAUAAUAGCUUGAACUAUGUGGAAGUAAGAGUUAUGCUUGUGCGAUAACACACUGCUUUAGGAUUCUGUGCAGGAAAACAGUGCAAAUGUAGUAUAAUUAGACAGUCUAUUAGUAAAUGAAUUGAGAAGUCUUUAAGCUCUUUAAUGAAAGCUGAAGUUCCAGAUGGAGGAAAAUGAUUGCUGAGCUUGGGGAAAGACUCUUGCUUCCAGGAGCAUUCCAGUAGUGAACUGUUCUGUGAUAUGGUGAGGAGUGAAAGGUGUAUUCUUUUACAAAACCUGUGGUCGUGCUGUCAUGACUUUAUUUCCUGGACAUUAAAGCUGCAGUCUGCAAACACCAGUUUUAAUGGCUGUGUCAGGCAGAGACUCUUCUUCCCAGGAGCAUACACACAGUCAGCAGUGAGAAUGGCAAGGAGCAACUGAUAGAGCAGCUCAGCAAAGGGAGACUGAAGUGAAUUAUAACGAGGUGGCAUAAUAGAAAUCCCAUUUUAGAUUAAAUAUUAAAUAGCUUUUUAACUACUAGAAAGAUGACUGAAGCUGUAAAUACUAUAAAUGCUGUCUUCCCAUGCCAAGGAAGCUGUAAAUGUGUAUUACUUUUAGAGUGGUACAAGCAAAGAGUAGUAUGUUCGCAAAGAUUCUAGCUUUGUAUGUUAGUAUUCACGUAAAUCAUGGCAGAAAAUGUGGAGGACAAAGAUUGUCCAGUUUACUAGGGACCAUAUCAAAGGGUUUGUAAGAGUAUUGCAAGAGAAAUAUUACUGAAAAAUCCAAAGCAUCUUAGAAUAACUUCCCUAAGAUGUUUGUUUUAAUUGAAAGUGUUACACCUGUUAAUUGUUCAUAAUGAGACACAAAAAAGUACUUUUACAAAAUAUUUCUGCCUGGCACUGCCCAUUCAAUAUCUACCUCUACUAGUCCUAGUCUAGUUCAGCUACUGCAUAAUUUUAGCCAUUUAGCAUAUAACACAUGAAAAAGUGUCAUUUACCUGGUCGGUGAAUGUAUGAUGAUGGAUAACAUUUAGUUUUAAACUGUAAUGCAAUAAACCACGAACUUAGUGAAA